AUGGGGAGAAAACGAGAAGAAAGUGAUGUAUCAAUUGAUGUACAAAACAGAAAAAAAAAAGAAAUCUCUCUCUCUCUUUCUCUCUCUCUAUCUAUCUAUCUAUAUCUAUCUGUCUAUCUAUCUAUGUCUGUUAAUAUCUAUCUAUCUAUCUCCAUUAUCAAACUUUUCAUUACUUAUCUAUCUAUCUAUCUAUCUAUCUAUCUAUCUAUCUAUCUAUCUAUCUAUUGCCUCAAGUCACUUCUUCACUCUAUUCAUAUCUAUCUAUCUAUCUAUCUAUCUAUCUAUCUAUCUAUCUAUCUUUCUAUAUAUCUAUCUAUUUCUGUCUAUUCGUAUCUAUAUAACUAUCUAUUUCAGUCUAUUCGUAUCUUUCUAUCUGUCUACUUCAGUCUAUUCAUAUCUAUCUAUCUGUUUACUUCAGUCUGUUCAUAUCUAUCUAUCUAUCUAUCUAUCUAUCUAUCUAUCUAUCUAUCUAUCUAUCUAUUUAACCUAAGUUUCUUUCAUCAUUUUUACAUUCUCUAUUUUACACCCGCUUCAUUGAUUGAUAUAUCUCGGUCUGUUCAUAUCUAUCUAUCUAUCUAUCUAUCUAUCUAUCUAUCUAUCUAUCUAUCUAUCUAUCUAUCUAAUUGUUGUUCGUGUCAGACAAAAUGUUCACGUCCCGCUGACUAUGUCUGGGGAUAUUGCGUCUAUUUAUUUAAUACAUUCAACUAUAUCUAUCUAUCUAUCUAUCUAUCUAUCUAUCUAUCUAUCUAUCUAUCUAUCUAUCUAUCUAACUAA